AUGUUUUUCUUUAUUUAUGGGAGAAGAGAGUCUCUUCGUUUCUCAGGCCCAUCAACUGAUGUAUGGACAACAUUCUAUACUGAAACGAGCACAUAUACAUAUGUUAAUACAAGUGGAAGCCUUUCUGGACAAAAUACAAAUUAUUUUGUUGAAUCUGUUUUAUUCGAUAACUUCAUUGACGCUAGCAUCAUUGACUUGACUUCAUACGUAACCACAACAAAAACUCAUAUUGCAACUUCUUCAUUUAUAAAAUGUUCUAACUCCCAAAACGGUAGAUGUAUAACUUUUGGUUCAUCAGGAAAUUUUGUUCAGUAUAGACUCUGUGGUUUUGCAAUUUCUUCAUUAGCUGAAAAAGGAGUUUAUUCAUAUGUUUGUCAGGAUUCUAGAGCUGUUACAAAAAAUUAUAUUGUAGAAUCAUCGCUCACUAAAAUCUCUGGUGAAGGAAUAGGCAUUUUAUAUCAUGAUUAUGGUGCAAUUCGAGCUUUAUCUAGCAAUAUAUCUGAUUCUAAUAUAGGAGGCUCUGCAAAUUAUGUACUUUCUAAUCCAUAUAGAUCCGAUACAGCGUUGGUCGGCUGGUGCCAAUUCAAAAAUAAUGCCGCACAAAUUAUGUGUUGUUUUGAACAUCAAAAUAAUUUCCAUCGUCUUUCAUUAUGCAAUGUUCUUGAUAAUACAAUUCGAGCUGAUAAAUUAAUUUUAUCGCAAGCUACAAGUCUGAAUAUAAACCAAUGCUAUUUUAAAGGAAAUAGGGCGACUAAAUUUAUAUUAUAUGGGGAAAGUUUAUUCAAAUUACAAGAAUCUCAUUUUGAAGAUAAUACAUUUUAUUUAAAUGCAAGGAAUGAAAACUCACUCCAAAUGACUCAAAUUAUUUUUCCGUCUACCUAUUCUUCUUGUAUAAAUCUAUUUGAACGUCUAAGGCUACCAGAUAAAACUAAAGCUGUAGAUAACCCAAGAAAUUCAAUCAUCCGAAUUUAUUCAGUUUAUUUAUUUUUCUGA